GUAAAACCCUCACUGACGCUUGCAAAGUUACUCCCUUCUUCUUCAAACAUCGCUAACAGGGCUAUCUCCAUCGAAUGGGUAGCCAAGCAGCUGUUUCAUUCCUCACGAACAUUGCACGCGCCGCCUUCGGUCUCGGUGCCGCUGCUACCGUCCUUAAUUCCAGCCUCUACACCGUCGAUGGCGGCCAACGUGCCGUUCUCUUCGACCGUUUUCGGGGCAUUCUUGACGAAACAGUCGGCGAGGGAACCCAUUUCCUCAUCCCUUGGGUCCAGAAGCCUUACAUUUUCGACAUUCGCACACGCCCUCACACCUUCUCUUCAGUCUCUGGAACCAAGGACUUGCAGAUGGUCAACCUAACCCUCCGUGUCCUCUCUCGUCCCGAAACCUCUCGCCUCCCAGUGAUAAUCCAGAAUCUUGGUCUCGAGUAUGACGAGAAGGUUCUUCCUUCAAUUGGAAAUGAAGUAUUGAAAGCAGUGGUUGCUCAAUUCAAUGCUGAUCAGCUCCUGACGGAGCGUCCCCAGGUCUCGGCUUUUGUUCGCGAGAGUUUGGUCCGGCGAGCUAAGGACUUCAACAUAGUUCUUGAUGAUGUCGCAAUUACGCAUUUGUCAUAUGGUUUUGAGUUUUCAAGGGCCGUGGAGCAGAAGCAGGUGGCCCAACAAGAGGCAGAAAGGUCCAAGUUCGUGGUGAUGAAGGCGGAGCAGGAAAGAAGGGCUGCCAUUAUUAGAGCUGAGGGAGAGAGUGAAUCUGCUAAGCUAAUUUCAGAUGCAACAGCGGCUGCUGGUACGGGGCUUAUUGAGCUUAGGAGGAUUGAGGCUUCCAGGGAGGUGGCUUCCACUUUAGCCAAGUCGCCUAAUGUAUCCUACCUUCCUGGUGGGCAGCAAUUGCUCAUGGGUCUUAACCCUUCACGGUGAUGCUGGUUUCAAUGAUAAUGGUUCUUGGCAAACUUGAAUCUUUUUUUUCCUCCUUGAUGUCCUUCUUUGUUGAAAGCAUUUUUUUUCCACUGGUCCUUCAUUUUGUCCUUCAUUUUGCAGACUGAAUCUGAACAUGUUAACCUUGUUUAAACAAAAAUAGGAAUGAAUAUCAAUUUGAUGCUUGA